AUGGCAAAUACCUCUUUAGAAGCGCCUUGGGUACCCAUCACCCGUCGCAAGCAAGGCGAUCGGGAUGCCUGCAUCCCAACACAAUGGCACAUACCCUCCUUGUACUUGCCUAAGGACCCUCCGCGCUUCGAGGACGGACUUCAAAGUGUACUAGAUGUCCCUUCGAAAAUUUUGUCCCAGGAAGAAAUCAAGAUCACCGAGGACUACACCGUCGCCACGCUCCUUGAGGCUAUAUCACGCAAAACGUUCUCCACCGAGAAGGUGAUAGACGCUUUUUGUCAUCGUGCAGCGGUGGCACACCAGUUGACGAAUUGCUUGACCGAGCCCUUAUUUAUGCAAGCCGCAGAACGUGCGAGGUUCCUGGAUCAAUACCUGGAAGAGCAUGGGUCCACUCUAGGCCCUUUGCACGGCUUACCAGUCAGUGUCAAAGAUACUUUCGAUAUAAAAGGAGUCGAUAGCUCCACAGGUUUGGCGGCAUUGUGCUUCAAGCCGGCAGACAAAAAUGCACCUCUAGUGGAUCUCCUAUUGUCGCUGGGAGCAGUCAUUUUGGCCAAGACCAAUGUGCCGCAGGCCUUGUCAAGUCUCGAUAGCAUAAACAAUGUCUUUGGAAGAACGAUGAAUCCCGCCAACCGACUGUGCACUGCUGGUGGAAGCUCGGGAGGGGAGGGUGUCAUGGUGGCCAUGAAGGGCUCUCUCGUCGGGUUUGGCACUGAUCUUGGUGGUAGCGUCAGAAUCCCAGCCAUGGCGAAUGGAGUUUAUAGUUUCAAACCGAGCAACUUGAGAUUACCAUAUGGAGGACAAGCAGUUUUGGUGACCGAAGGCACGUCCAGAUUAGGCGUGCAACCAGUGGCAGGUCCGCUGGCGCGGAGCAUCGAUGAUAUCAACUUUGUCAUGCAAGAGCUGGUGCCACGGGCCAGCCUAUGGGGCGAAGAUUGUGUGUUUGGUGAGUAUGCUCAAGGACACCUCCAAGGAGCUGGGCCGGACGGAGAGGUUGUCAUCGGUGUGCUGCGAUGUGACGGGAACUGCACCCUACUACCACCCGUGGACCAAAUUCUUUCUGAAGUUGCAUCGAGCCUGAAACAGCAUCCGAAUAUCAAGGUGGUCGAAGUAUCGACUCCAACGGCGUGGACACAAUCACAGAGUACCAUGAGCAAGCUGAUGGGCAUCGAUGGUGGCGUCCUCAUGGGAAAGCUCUUGGAUUCCAUGCAAGAACCACUGGUUCCCUGGAUGCAGUCGAGAUUCAGAAUCAGCAAACCCUGCCCGCUUACAGAAGUGACUCAGCUACAAACUCGACGCGCAGAGCUCGAGAACGAGAUGCUACAGAUUUGGUCAGAAGUGGACAAAUAUGGUAGGAGGACGAGGAAACUCGACGCCAUAAUUUGCCCUGUGGCACCUCACCCUGUGCCCGAGAUUGAGAGAUACGACGCUUUAGGUUACACGAGCUCGUUUGUUAUGUUUGAUUAUCCUGCAGGCACUAUCCCCAUCAGAGACGUGGUCGAGCAAGAUCUUCAUCUGGGACAGCCAUUCGAGGGCGAGUCGUUGAGUAGCUGGGACGAUUCCUGCCGAGCGCUGUGGGAUGAGAAAACUGUCAACAGGAAAGUAUACCUGGGCACCCCGCUGAGCGUACAAGUUGUUGUGCCGCGACUCGAGGAUGAGAAACUAGGAAGAGUUAUGGCGUUGAUCGAUGGAGUGGUGAAAGGCCGCUCAACCAGUCCCAAACUUCCAGAAUGA